GGAAAAACAACUUCAGUCUUCGCCAUGGCUCCGAUAGCCACAUACGUGUUCCUUGACUUGGGUACUACCGGUAAAAAAAAGCCCAUAAUUGAAAUAACUGAGUUAAGCAUGGUGGCAGUGGAUCGUCAGCAAUUCCUCGAUAGUAUUUCGCAAGCAACUCCCACAAUUCCUCAAUUUUUAAACAAACUUACGCGAUGUUUCAAGCCAGAAACACAAGAGAUAGAUUAUGCCGCGAAGAAGGACGGCUCAGGUGGUUUCACGAAAGAAGAGUUAAAAGAUGAAUUACCCUUAAAUGAAAAUUGUUUCGAAUUGAUCGAUAAUUUCCUCUACUGUCUGGCAAGGCCUGUGUGUAUAAUUGCACACUAUGCCUUUCAUUCUGACUAUCUUAUAUUAAGGAGAUAUAUCACGAAACUUCAAGUGCAGUUUUCUAGCGAACUGGUCUGUGUCGAUACGCAUCAAAUGUUCUAUGACAUUUUAGAGGAGAUACAUGAAGAGGAAUGUAUCGAAGAAUACUUCAAACAGGUCGCUUCAACUCCAGGGCGUCCUCCAACAAGCCAGGAUCCCAGAGUGAAAAAGGUUUUUAACUCAAUCAGGGAGUUUAUGCCUCAGAUUGAGCAUAAAAUGCGAAUUUCCGAUCGAUCUAAACUAUUGAAACAGGACGUCUCAAAUUCCGGUAAUUCCGCGGUAGCAUCAUGCCAUCCAGUACCGAAACAAGACUCCUCCAAUCCCGGUCAUUCCUCUAAACUAUCGAAUAAACCAGUAUCGGGAGAGGAGAGAGUGAAUGAUUUAAGAGAAAAGUUAAAAGCCAAACGCCGAAGAUUUGAAACGAGUCCAAAAAGAGCUACACGUCAGUAUCCAUGGGGUCCAGAAGGAAAUAAGCCUUUCGGUGUCAGUUACAAAUUGACAGAAAUCUACACACGUGUCUUUCGGCGGCCACCGAGAGACGCACAUAAGGCUGAGAUAGAUUGCAUGCUGAUGCUGGAAAUUGCUGUCAAGAAGCUCGGUCGACGUUUUGUAGACUGGAUCGAUAAAGAUGAUGAGGAGGAAUCAAACCGACUUCCUUUUCCUUCGUUGGCCGAAGAGAUAAAAGAAGAAAGAUUAUUAUACUAAUUUCAGAGACAAAGCUCGGAAUAAUUGUAUAUAAUCCUACAAUUACCUAUGAGUUUUUUUAUAUAAACUUACAUUUAUUAAUACAUUUGUCCAAUCUCUGGUUUUGUUAUAAAUUAUUCACUUUAUGUGGUUUUACUACACUAUUUAAAUAAAUAAGCAGUAGUCAGUGCCACUUGGGGCGAUGUCAUUGUAAUAUGUAGACGGAGUAAAAUGCCCGAUAAAAACCAAAAAACAUGAAAUAAUUGUUAUUUCCUAUAGCAUACCAUACCAUGGAAAAUGUCGUAUGAAAUAUACCUUCUCCGUGCCGUCGUGGGUAAAAAGUAAAAACAAAAAUUAAUAUAAUAACCUAUGACCGACCUACUUAUUUAAUUAAAAAAAAGUCGAAUUGAGAACCUCCUCCUUUUUUUGAAGUCCGUUAAAAAGUUACGGUCAUAACAUAACUAUAAGAUGGUAUUGCAUUGUUUUAUACUGAUUAAACCCUUGAGAUAAG